AAACGUCGUCUGUCCGCCGUCGUCGUCGUCGUCGCGAGAAAGGAAAACAAGCGCCUCCGUUGUCAGUGUUUUUGCGUGAAAAAAUCACCAACAAAAGGUGCCAAUUCUGGCGAAGAAUAUCAAAACUGUGCAGAUAAAAGUGCAAAGCAUCGAUUGUGAUACGAUUCGUUGGGUUUCUGAAGUGAUAAACUCCCGAAAUGGGCGUUUGAAAAAGUGGACCUGCAUCUCCUAUAGACUUCCUAUAAGUAUAAUUCGCGGGAAGCAAUGGAACGAAUGGAAGUUGAUGAUAACGUUGUGGAUCUGAGCGUCGGAUCCGGUCGAGACUCGCUCACAAUUACUCCGGCCACGGCACGGGAUUUGAGGGCACUCACGCAGAACUCCGGUCUCACCAUAACACCGGCACCGCCACCACCUGCCGCCCCUUCCCCAUCCGCAUCCGGAAGCACGUCUCCCGUGCCUGGAAGGCGUGUCCUUCGACCCCGUACCGAACCAAAGUCGUACGCCGAAGUGCCGGACAUAGUGCUAUUACCGGCGAAGGUGAAUGGUCGUUCCUACAAUGGUGCUGCUGCUGGAGCCCUAUCCGAGUCGGAAGAUGACGAAAUGCCUCCGGUGUUCCCGAUUAAGGAACUCACGGCGGCGGAAAUUUGGGAACGCGAACGCGGCUUGCGGAAACUCCGCGAGGAACUUCGCAGCGAAGAAACCAAAUUGGUGCUACUGAAGAAACUGAAGCAGUCCCAGCAAGUGAUGAUGAAGGAGAACAUUGUCGUUACACCAACUAACACGAAUAUUAACAAUCCACUGGCCGCGAUUCCUACUGCUCUGACGAAGGGUUCGCUCAGUGUUACUCCCACCAACGCUGUACCCUUACCGGCUCAUUCUAAAUCUUCCAAAUCCGUUACGGUCCCUCCUGUUAAUCGUGGAUCUCCUAUAAACAUCACUCCGGUUACUAAGCCACCUGCUAGGCCAUCUUUACCUGGAGGAGCUACUUUAACGCCCAGCACACCUGGCCAGCGCCUUCCAAUAGGUCUAACCCGAACUGGUUCUAAUCUCACCAUUACACCUUCGGUUACGAUCACGCCUACAAAUGCUCCCUCCAGCAACAUCAAGCAGCGUAAUCUACAGCUACAUAAUAGUGGCAGUAUCGGUGCCAACAGUCUAAUGGAUACUAAUUUGAAGGUACAGUCCGGCCAGAUUAGCAACUCGGUGUCUAUCACUCCAGCACCUCCUAUUCCCGCACAAAUCAGUUGCACGACGGUGGAACCGGUUUCACUUAAACGCGAUCGUGAUACCAGGGAUGAGCCGCAAACUCAAGCGCAGCGCCAAGCUGCAGCCAAACUGGCACUUAGGAAGCAAUUGGAGAAGACAUUAUUACAGAUUCCACCGCCCAAACCUCCGCCACCGGAGAUGCACUUCAUCCCCAAUCCCAGCAAUACGGAAUUCGUGUAUCUGCUGGGGCUGGAGCACGUCGUCGACUAUCUCACCAAGGACAAGAAACCAAAUCUCCCGCAGCAACCGUACCGCUGUGCUCAGUGCAAAAUCGACUUCACCCCGGUUUGGAAGUGGGAAAAACAGGGUAAAAGAGGAAAUCCAACUUUUCAGAACAGUCCAGCUGGAAAAGAUCCGAAGGUCAUUUGCGAGCAGUGUGUUACUAGCAACGUUAAGAAGGCACUCAAGGCUGAGCACACCAAUCGUCUGAAAACGGCCUUCGUGAAGGCUUUGCAGCAGGAACAGGAAAUAGAGGCACGUUUAGCUAGCCAAAGUAGCCCAUCGCCGGUGGACAUAAGGCCGACGCCGUCUUCUACGCCGAAUUUGCGAGAACAGCGCGAGUUGCAACAACAGCUGGAACAACAGCAGCAACAGGAACGCCAGCAAGCCCAAGAGCGCCAACAGCAGCAGGAACGUCAGCAACAGCAGGAACGACAAGCUGCUGCACAGCAGCGCCAGAAAGAGCAGGAGCAACAACUUCGUCAGCAGCAGCUCCAACAGCUACAGCAGCAACAGCUCCAACAGCAGCUCCAGCAACAACAGCUCCAACAGUUGCAGCAGCACCAAGAACAACAGCAACGUGUUCAUCAACUGCAGCAGCAACAUGCCCACCUGCAGUCACAACCAUCGAAGUCGAAAACGCCGACGCCAACGCCGCGACCGACGCCUACCCCACCGAAUCAGCAGACUCCACCGCCGGCGUCCAGUUCCCGUUCCAGCCGUCACAGUGCGACUGCAAAUGCCGCAGCGGAAGCUGCUGCAGCCCAGUUGACAGCCCUAGCCGGACUUGGUGGCCUCGGUCAACUGGGUGCUCUGGGAAAUCUGGGCAGUCUGGGUAAUCUGAACCCCACGGCAGCAGCGGCCGCAAUGCAGGCCUUCCAGCAGCAACUGUUUAGAGGUCUUCAGCAGGGACUGUCCACGGGAAAUUUGAACAAUCUGCAGGCGCACAUGAUGCAGUUCUCACCACUGAUCUAUUCGUAUCAGCUGGCAAUGGCCCAAGCUGCUGCUUCACUAUCCGCGGCCGGCAAAGGGGGCAGCGGCGGCGGAGGAGGUGGGGGCAGUAGUAAUUCCGGUGCGGCAACGGCGGCCUCCAUAGCCGAGAUGCAACGGGCAAUGGAGCUGCAGCGCCAGUAUCUGGAGAUGUUGCCCCAGAGUGGUCCCAGCAACAACCGCCAAUCCAACUGGAAAUCAUAAAAGUGUGCGCUCCCGGAUUUCUACACACCGAUUUUACACCAGAACAAUGUGACGCGUCUCGUGGACGACGAACGGCUUCAGUCAGGAUUGUUACUUUGUCUUAAAUGAUACGCUAUCAUCAAAAGCAGGCUCCGGCAUCUCGCGUGGCCGUUACUACGGUGGGGUUACGCGAGAAGGGAGUUUGCCGUUGUUUUUCUUUGUUUUAAGAACGAUAUGGUUCGAUAUUGAGUAGUGCAAGCACCUUAGAUUUUAGAAUCUUAUUUUUUUUUGGAUCGAUGAUUAUACUGAUUUUUGGAAAUGAUGUCCACUAGCACAUCGCCGAACGUUUAAAUUUCUAUUUUUAUAGAACACGUGUUGCUCUCCAGACGCUGGAGGCAUUCAUUAUUUCUUUUUGAAUAGCAAAAAGUGAGUUCGAUUUAAUAACAAAUUGAGUGAAAUUCAAAUAAUUGCGUGAUAAAUAUGAUGGAUUUGGUUUGAUACGUUAAAUCCAUAAAAAAUACUUUAAUAUUGUAGCACAUUAUCGGUGAAAGCCAACAAACAAAUAUAAAUUGUAAGCAAUUUCGAUAUACGGCAAUGUAGAUGAAUUUCAUCGGAUGCAGACAUUUUAAAUUGUAGACUUCAGAGACAAUUAGGAGUUACCUAUGCAAAAUUAAUCUAUUUAUUUAUCUAAUCAACGCGAAAUUUUAAUUUUAUGGGUAUUCUGCUUAUUGAUUAAUUAACAACCUACUGGGGCUACCCAAAAUUAUAUAAAGUCCUGUGGUAAAAACCAUUUGGCGUAACAUGAAGAACAGCCUAUUUGAAUAUUAGUAACGAACCAUGGUGAAAUCCCUGUUGUGCCAAAUGGUCACCAGUGUUUAAUGUGACUACGCAUAAUGACUUUAUGUCAUGUGAGCUCCUCCCAAAGUGCUGAUUCAAUGCUAUCACGUCAUAUAUCACUCGUAUAUGGUAAAUUUUAAAAGACCAUCAAAUACAGCUGAUAUACUGCCCAGUCCUAUGUUCUAUGUUGACAUGUUCUAUGGGACUUCCUGGAUGGAACGUGGGCAGCAUAGGCCUACCUAAUGACUUGUGAGCACUAUAUCAGCACUUUCGCCUAUUGUAAUACAAUGGAGACUUACAGAAAAUAUCGCACAAUAUCAACAGAUGAAGAAAACUACAGAAAUCUCUGAUGGGAUCAAAAUUGUGAAAUUCAUCAUUGCCGGUACUCGAAAUUGCCAGUGAACGGAAUUACUUGCUCAAAUCUAAAUAAAGCCUAAAUAAACGUAGUUCGACAAUUUUCUGUCCCAUUCACAUUAAACCAAGCGCUGAAAAUACUAUGAUUGAUGACCACUAUCUAUUACUUGGAAGUUACAUAUUCCAGCGCUAAAAAGCAAGCUCACAAAUGGCAAAACAUUCGUUCCUAUCGGUCCACAUCUGAAACUUUCCGAAUUCAGCAGUAACAUCAAUCGAAACGAAAGAAUGCGAUCUGUCAAACCACCCAAGCAUAGACAAAUAGUUCGUUUUGCGUGAGAUCUGAGAAAUCUUUGCGAGAAGAAACCCUUUAAGAUUUUAUCAACUAUUUAUUGCGAAGCUGUCUUUUUUCUAUGUCAUUCACAAUAGUUGGUUUCGUUAUAGCACUGUUUCCCAGCCUUGGAUAAAAUAAAAAAACGGCUCGCUGAAAAGUGCUCUUUUUAGCGAACUUUUCACACGUCCCCGAGUGGAAACUCUUAUAAUAGUCCAUGACAAAAGGUCGAAGAGGAUAAAAAAGAUCAGACAAAAAGUAGAGUCUAUUUUUAAGGGAAAAUUUCUUCAUAAUUGAUUUUUUUCGACUUAAUGUCCUUUCGACCUUUUGUGCAUAAAUCGUUUUUAUGUACGAUGUGGACUGUUUGUGUGAACUUACUUCUGAAAGGAGACUGUUUUUCCCUUGCGUAAGUGUCUCUGCUUACGGGUCCGCCAUUCGUUUUUGGCCCUUGAGACAGAAGUAUGAUUGAACAUGAGUCGUACAGUCUUGAAUAAAUUGUUUUGUUAAAACCGGACCAAUGCUACCGGUGGAUGUCUUACCAAAAUAGGUGGCAGCUCUUAUCAUCAUCAUCAUUUUAUCGGAAUAAUAACGAUGAUUGAACAUAUGAUUUUAUUUUGUUUUUAAAUCAAAUCUUGCGAAACUUUUCAAAAAGACCUUAUGUACCAACGAGAAAUUCUCUCCUCUCUCGCUCUCUUUCGAUAAUAACAGUGCUUUUGGAAACUUCUUCACUUUCACUCACACUUUUUCACUCAAGGAGAGCCUGUCAAUUAGGUUAAUUCUACGAGUGGCGUGAGAAGAGAAUUGGCGGUCUCGUACAGCGUGGUAACAAUUUAUUCUCGACUCGAGUGAAGUGACUCGCUGUGUAAAUCGAAUGGAGAGUCACUUUACUCGAGACGAGAAUUGUCACUUCGCUAUACGAGACCGACAAUUCUCACCUCACGCCAGUCGUAGAAUUAACCCAAAUGUUGAAUAGGACCUAUGGAGCGAGCAAUGAUUUAAUUAGUUACAAGAUCUCAUGCAAAAUGACUGUACAUAUUUUGAAGGACUUAAUAUUACUAAUUUUGACGUCGACAAAACGAAUUCGUACAAACCAAGAAUAUGAUUCACGGGAAUAACAUCUUCCAAUCUAAAUUAAGGUUAAAUUCAACAGUAUCAACGAUUAACCUUUUCAGGACGAAUGGGUUAUUUCAACUACGCCAGCGUGGUUGGCGUUAUCAAUCGUAUUCAAGUGAAGUAAUUCUACCAAAUUUUGAUCUAGACAUUUACGUUAAAUGCCAAUCUAACCAAAUUUUGGGAAAGAAAAUGUCAAUGUAAAAUUUACGUUCGGAUUUUGGAAAAAAAAUCAAAACAACAACAAAAUUCCAUUUCGGAGGCAAAGUAACAAAAUUCUAACUAACAUUUAAGACAAAUUUAGGCACUUUUAAACGAAACCGGCGAUAGAUAAUAUGUAUGACUCAGUGACCAGAAAAAAAGCACAUUGUGAAAUAAGUUGCCAGUUUGUAAGAAUGAAUGCAAAAUCUCAUCUUAGUGUAUGAUUUUGGAAAGCGAGAUAAAAAAGAGUGGGUAAGGAAAAGGUUUUAAAAUUCAAGA